AUGGCGUCGACGUCAGACUUGCACGGAUCCUCUCCCGUUCCAACCUUACCCCAACCCAACGAUAACGGUCGCUCCCACAUCUCCUCCAUCUCCUCAUCCUCUUCCAUCUCCGACGCCGAAACCGAACGAAGAGGUCGCUCAGAGCGUCCUCGCAUGGCCAGUCGGAAACCGAGCGCUUCCAUACUAGUCCCCCGAGAUCACCCCGAGAUUGAAAUCGAAGAGGAGGAAUUCCCUCCCGACGACGCCCGCGCUAUGAGUCCCCGACGGAACUCGGCCGACCUGGAGCGACUGGGCAAGGAGGCGCGACAGACCUUGCAAGAACAAGCCAAGGCCCUCCAGUCUUCCCUCCAAGCCCUCGCCGAACGCAUCGAUGCCGUCAAGUCCGACCACGAUAAACUAGAAAGUGAAAACAAGUUCUUGCAGGAUUACAUCGGUGGUCUAACCCGAAACAUGACCAAGAGCGACAUGACCCGACCCAGCACCAAAGUUAAGAAGUCGCAGAAGUAG